UUUGGUAUUUCUUCAGAUUGCUGAAAAAAGUUUUGUAGCUUGCUCUUUCUUCGUCAAUUUAGUUUUUUUCAUCCUUUACUGAGAUGGAUUCUGACAGUGGUUCCAUCGGCAGCCGUUCCUCCUCACCAGAGCUGGUGGUGGGCUCAUCCAUGGGCAGUUUCUUCUCCAACCAGAUGUUCCAGGAGUACUGCCGCAAGGAAGGGAGCAGUCGCGACUCCCAACCCAGGAUGGAGAGGAGCUCUGGGGCCACGGAGGAGCACAACACCGGGGCCAAGGGCCGCACCCGGGCCAACCUGUCCGGGGACGACCUGCAGGAUCUGCGGCUGAAGGUGAACAGCCGCGAGCGCAAGCGCAUGCAUGACCUGAACUCGGCCAUGGACGGGCUGCGGGAGGUCAUGCCUUACGCCCAGGGCCCCUCCGUCCGCAAGCUGUCCAAGAUCUCCACACUGAUGCUGGCCAGGAACUACAUCCUCAUGCUGUCCAGCUCCCUGGAGGAGAUGAAGAAGCUGGUGGGGGAUGUGUAUGGUGGUGGGGGUGCUCAAGGCCACGCUGCACGUCGAAUUGCCCACCAGGCACAGACAGCAGCUGCACCACCUCCACCCCAUCAUCCGGUGUCCACCCCGCUCUCACUGCUGCCCCUGGCCCAGUCGCUGCACUCAUUCGGGGGCAGCUCCGCUGCGCUUGCUGCCGCCACCGCCUCCAACCUCCAUCACCCCGCGGCCAUACCCGGUCAGGCUCCACACUCGCCCCCCUCGGCCGGGUACCUGGGUUUCCACACGUCGGCCCUGCCCAGCCUGCUGAAGGACCCGCUGCACCUGGCCUCCUCCUACAGGCACUUCCCCGGCAUGCCCUGCCCCUGCUCGCUCUGCCAGCCUCUGCCUGUCUCCUCUGCCAGUCUGCAUAGCCUCACCAUGGGCAAGUGAACUCUGCCUGGGCGUGACUGUAGUCCAACUGAGAGAAGAGACUUGUGCAUCAUAAGAAAUGCCUGAUUGUGGAGAUCUUUGGUGGAGAGGUGGCAAACUCUUGUACAUAAUGUGUAUAGCAUAAAAAUAAAUUUUUUGGUGAAAUAUUUCGCUGCUAUUUUUCUAUGGAACAAGAAUUGUUUUGUAAGUAUUUGGGAAAAUAAGAUCUGUUGGCUUUAAUGGACAGCUGAAAAGCACAAAUUGGUUUUUAACUUCCCACAAGACAGUGAGUGGCUGCUAUUAAUUUAUCUUGUUGUUUGUAUUUCAAAAGCGAAUGGUUGUGAAAGGGAAAAAAGUUGUGC